ACAAGAGAGAGAGAGUCGUGUCGAGUAUUUUGCAGCUGCUGGCCGGCUAGACAGGCACCUCUAAAAAGCUUACCUGGCGAAACUGAGACUCCGUCGUGCGUUCAUUAGUAUUUCGAGGAAUAGUAAUUAUUUCUUAUUUGUACCGUUGAAUUAGUGGUCGGGUCUGCAUACAUCAUGUUGAGAUUGUCGAGUAAGAUUGCAAGGCAGUUUUCGAGCGCCUUUCCGAGGUCUUUCGAGACCGUUUCAGGGCGGAUGUUUGCUGGGCCUCAAUCGUGCAUUGGACGGCAGCAGACAUUCACAGUGUGUGCAUCAGCUCGUACCAGUCUGCCUGCUCUCGUCGGAGGUAAACUGAAUGCAAAUACCAGCUGUUUUGCUGAGUCAUCUUACAUAUGUCGGAGUUAUAGUGCAGGCAAGGAAGUUGAAAAAACAACUACAACAGCAUCAGAAUCAGAAACAGGAACUUCUGAUUCAUCUGAGGCUGUGUCCAGCACCAGUCGGAAAAGGCCACCAACAAACUUUGAAAGAAAAAUCUUUGUGUGGUCUGGAAAGUACAAGACAGCCAAUGAAGUACCAGAUCAAGUCUCUGAAGCUGCUUUGAAUUCUGCCAAGAACAAGUUCCGUAUCUAUGUGAACAUAGGAAUGGGUGUAGCCACAUUGGUAGCAGCCAUUGCGAUGGUUAUCAUCGGAAAAUCAAGGGCUAAAAAAGGAGAAAGUGUCUCCAAUAUAAACAUUCGGAGACAUCCAGAGACAUACAGUAAACUCAUCGAGUCACAGAAUGCGCCAAAGUGAAGAGUGCAGUGUGUUGCAGAGACAGCCUUUCAUUCAAAUAUUUCUGCUGCUUUGAGAACACUUUUUGAAACAAAAAUAAACAAUUUAGAUUGAUCUAGAUGGAAAGGGCAUUAUUGUAGUCUAAUAAAAUAUUUCUGCUGCUUUAAAACCCUUUUUAAAACAAAAAUAAACAAUUUAGAUUGAUCUAGAAGGAAAGGGCAUAUUUGUAGUCUAAUAAAAGCACUCAGCGUCAGUGUGGUAUAUAAUGUAGAUAGCGCUUUGCAUUGCUUUGACAACAGAGGAGAGUAGGCCUUAAUGUUUAUUCUUAAAGUGUAGGAAAGUUGUAAUGGUCUCUUCUUGAUUCAAAUUUUCCUGCUGCUUUGAAAAGUAAAAAAGAAAGAAAAAAGAUCAUAUUGAUCUUGAUGAAAAGGGCAUUUUUAUAAUAGUCUUAAAAGCAAUCAGCAGUGUGGUAAAUAAUAUAGAAAGUGCUUGGCAUUGCUUCAACGACAUUAAGGAUAGUACGCUUUUUAUUUUAUUUACAAAGUGUAGGCAAGUUGUGAAGGUUUCCUCUUGAACAAAAAUAUGUAAAGUUCUUUUUUAAUAUGUAUUUUAAACCACACAACACCAGGCACGUGUGAGCAAAAACCUUUAGUCAUGAUACUGCCACCUAAUUAUCAUGUUCUCUUGCAGCAACAUGCAGCAAGAAUGACUGCUGAUUUUGAUUAUACCAAAUUGAUUGUACCAAAUUGAUGAUACCAAAGAGGUGCAGCACUAUUUGUUGUAUUCAAAUGAAGCUCUUUAGGAAACCAUGGCUUCAUCAGAUCUGGCUUUAGGAUCUGUUGGUUAUUUUGAAAACAUGGGAUUUCCGUACAAGGCUCCAAAGAAGAGUACAGCGCCAUUGCCGGUGUGCAAGCUAAAAUUGCAGUUUUGUAGGGGCCGGAGGUGUGUCAUAGAAUGACUACUUGAUGCAAUGCCUGUAGAACAAAGCUUGACUGCAAGCAUAUUUGCUUAAAAGUGUGUGUUAGUUUAGAGUCAAUAGACUGCAUGUAUUCUACCAUUUGGUAAUUGUUUGGUAAAGCAAUUUACAUACAUUGGAACCCAUGGUUAAUGCCUGCAUGGUUUGUAUUGGAAUUUCAAACUCAACUAUUGUAGUACAGUUCAACUAGAGUGUUUCCAAAGUUAAUGAUAAACAAUGUUGCAAUGAAACAUUUGCUAGAUUGGAUAGUGAAGGGGUUACCAUUCAUCUCAGUGGUUUCUUAGUUACUCUCAUUGUAUACCAGCAACAGUCAAUGAAUCCAAUAUGCUGAAAUGUGCCUGUAGGUUUAAAGUUUUAAUGAAACCUAUCUUUUGAUCUUUGGCUUGUAGUUUGAGCUUGCGGUUGUAUUACAAGCUGUUGGUCUAAAGGUGUUUACAUCUUCCUUACACCAACUUAAAAAAAAUAUAUUUCUGUAAUACUUGUCAUUUGUCAAUAUAGUAGCAGUCAAAUAUAGAUAAAUUUAUCUUAAAUCUUGUUCCAGAAAAACACAAACACAAUUGAAAAUGUCCAUCAACUUGCCCACCUCUUAAAAUCAUUUAAGUUCGUAGUCUAACAAAAAUAAUGCUUUUUUCUUAGUUCAUCAAGGAUUUGAUUUCUUUCACUUGAGUUAUACCCUCUGAAGACCAAAGAUUCAAAAAACAAGUUUAUCAUGUGCUUUCAAAGCUUGGUGUUUACACUAUGGACAACUUGGUCAUGCUAACCUGGUAAGGCUCGGCAGUUUCUCAUUAAUAUAGGCACCUCUGUGAUGAAAGUUUAGGCAAAGGCCAAGCGGUCUAUCAAUUUGUAUUGGAACAUAUCAAGAGGCACCAAGGCAAUGACCAGGGGCAUGGAGGCAAUUGCCAAGCGGUCUAUCAAUUUGUACUGGAAUAUUUCAUAGGGCACCGAGGCAAUGAUCAGACCCUGGGUGCGAGGCAACUGCCUAGCGGUCUAUCAGUUUGUACUGGAAUAUUUCACUGGGCACCGAGGCAAUAACCUGAGGCAUGAUGGCAGCUGUCCAUCGUGCCUCAGGUCAGGUCUGCGUUCUGUAUGACACUUCCUGAAGACUGACCCAAGAUAUUCAAUAAAACCUUCUAUGAAUAAAAUUGGGCUUUCGCAAGUUUUCUAGCUUUACAAAUGGAUGUGCGGGUACAGUGUAUAGGUUUCCCAAUAAAACAGCAUGUUGUAUGAAUAUUUAUUCUGUUUAUUAGCCCCACCUCAACUUCUCUCUUCUCUGUUUUUCACUUCCUUUUACUGUACUCGCCCCCUUAAGCUAAUACUCAGUGGUAUUCAUCAAGCUUCUUUCUGCUCUGAAAAACCCUGCUAUGUAGGUUCAUAGAUUAAUAGGAGAAACUAAUACAUGGUUAUAUAGAACUACAUAUAAGCCCUCUAUUAUAUUUUGAGUACAAUGUUAACAUAUGUUUUGAUUGAUGUCAUCAACUGUUGCUUCUUUAAAAGAAGCACACAAAAAGUGUCUUCCAAUAAAUGUAUGUCUCUUCUUGUAAACAGCUUUAAUCAAUAAAUGCCUGUAAUUUGAAAUAAAGGGUUUACUGCCCCAGGCAAAAUAGUAAA